ACGAAAUUAACUUCCAAUAUUUUCACAACCACCAUGGUUGUGACAUCCUUAAGCUUAACGAGUCUAUCUUCUUGCAAUCAAAUUUCAUCUUCGCUUCAUGUUUUCCGCCCCAUUCAAACCAACCCCACGUCGAAUAAAGUUGCGAAUUCCUCCUCUUAUGGGGCCUUAUCUAUAAAAGCCUACCACGAGAACCAGAACUCUAUCUCUGGUUUUGUAAACAAAGUCAUUGGUUCACUGCCGCUUAUUGGCCUUGUAGCUAGAAUUCUCAGUGAUGAAGGUGGUGUUGGAAGUGAUACUAUUGAUUUUGCUGAGUUUCGAAGAAGGGUUGGGAAUAAAUGUGGCAUCAAUGAUUCUAAAGCUUUCUAUGACUUCCAAGAACGGCGUGGACGGGCAGGAGAUCCUUUGUAUGUUUUGAUGUGCUGCUGGGUAGCUGCUGUUGGUGCCGGUCUACUCAAAUCUGAGGACAUUUUAGAGGGGGCGGCAAGGCUUCGUAUUUCGAAUGAUCUCGAAUUUGAAGAGCAGAACUUCAUUGCCUUGAUGAAUGAGGCCAAAGAGCGACGAGCUAAAUUAAAUGCUGCUACCCCAAGUGUCCCAAUGGAGGUUCGUGCUGAGAAGGCUCUUGAAGCGGUAUAUGUUUGUUGCUUCGGGAAGAAAGGCAUAGAAGAGGAGGACGAGAGACUUCUAAUUAUUAUGCUUAGUGCUGUUUUCCCAUCAGUUAAGCAGGCGGAGAUAGAGAGAAUUGUGAAAGACAAGGCAAGGAAGGUAGCCGAAGGCAGCGAUGAGAACAGUUUCCCAGAGCCGACACCUAUACCAGAAGAAGCUGUAAAACUUCAAAUGAAGGACCUUCAAUUUCUUCAACAAAAUAGAGACACUUGAAUCAAGUACUAAUCACAACAUUUGAAUAGUUUUUGGUGUUAGUAAAAAGAAAGAACGAAGCAUUGCCUACUGAAGACGUUUUCUUUUUUACUUUUAAAUUUUACUUUAAAGAAAUUAAUAAGCAGGCUGAAAAUUAAAUUGUUGAGAUA